CGAGAGAGGAACAGCAUCAGCAACUCCUGUCCCAAGAGAGCAUCAGAUUGGAAAUGGACUAAAAUACUUCUGGAUUAAAGAAACAGCUUUCUAAGUCUAGUCAUGCAGGAGAACCCAGGUUCUAUAUGUGUGGAUGGAGGAUACGCCAGCAAUGUACCUGCUUUUCUCACUAAACUGUGGACUCUAGUCGAGGACCCAGAAACCAAUCAUCUAAUAUGCUGGAGCACUACUGGCACUAGCUUCCAUGUUUUUGACCAGGGUAGAUUUGCCAAAGAGGUUCUGCCAAAAUACUUCAAACACAAUAACAUGGCAAGCUUUGUACGACAGCUCAACAUGUACGGCUUCAGGAAGGUGGUGAAUAUUGAGCAGAGUGGGCUGGUGAAGCCAGAGAGAGAUGACACCGAGUUCCAGCAUCUCUAUUUCCUCCAGGGCCACGAGCAUCUACUUGAACACAUUAAGCGCAAGGUGUCGAUAGUGAAGAGUGAGGAGACCAAAGUGCGUCAAGAGGACUUGAGUAAGCUGUUGUAUGAGGUGCAGGUGCUACGCAGCCAACAGGAGAACCUGGAGAUGCAGAUGCAGGAUAUGAAACAGCAGAAUGAUGUUCUGUGGAGGGAGGUAGUGUCACUGAGGCAGAACCACACACAGCAGCAGAAAGUUGUGAACAAGCUGAUUCAGUUCCUGUUCAGCCAGAUGCAGUCCAACACUCCCAGCACUGUGGGAAUGAAGAGAAAGCUCCCUCUAAUGUUGGAUGCCAGCUGCUCCACCCCUCCUGCCUCCAAAUUCAGCCAUAGUCACUCUAUGGAGUCCUUGCAAGAAUCCUUCUACAUCCAGUCGCCACCCACAGAAAAUGCAUCCUGCUCCACUAGCAGUGCAAUGACAGGAGGGCCAGUAAUCUCUGAUGUCACUGAAAUGUCACAGUCUGCCAACAUGGCUUUGCAAAUGCAGACAGAGGAAUCAAGGGAAAAGUGUCUGAUGCUGAUUAAGGAAGAGCCAGUGAGUCCUGGGGUGACGGGACGAGGGGAAGGUGUACCACUUGGCUCCUGUGGGAUAUGUGCUGAGCCCCCUGUCCUCCCUGUUGCCAUGGUACAGUCCGUCCUAGAGGGCAGAGGAUCUAGCUUGGGACAGAGAAGGACCAAAAGACCCAUGCUGGAGAGACUAGAGAUGCCUGAUGGUGUGGGGAACGUAGACAUGAGCCUGGAGGAUCUACAGCUGCUUCUGAGGAGUCACCAGCAGAGCAUGGAGCCCAAUGCUGCAGCUACGGAUCCCUUCACAUUUAAUCUGCCUUUGAAUGAGUGGAACUUCACAGAAAUGGACCCAAACCUCAAAUCAGAGUUGGCUAACGCCCUCAUGCCUGCUGCUGUGUCCCAGUACAUGCUUCAGGGUCAGGAAGGAGAGGCCUACCCCACUUCUGGCUAUGAGGAACAAUGACACCCUGAUACAACAGCCAGCACAGAUCCCCCCUGAGAGACAAUCAAAGGGACCCAUUUGAAAGCAUGACACUUGGAUUGCACAUUAACAAUACAUCUGAAGAGAAGGCUCCAAUUUAUUUGGACAGUAGACUGGGAGGUGACAUAUCAAAUAAACUUUUACUGGCCAGCCCAACUCUUUGAAUAUGACAGUAACACUUACCAAAGCCUAAGGAGUUAUUGCAACAUCAAGACCAUGCUAAUAAACUUUUUCCCAUGAUAAAAUGCAAAUAUCUUACAUCCUGCGGAAACUUCCAAUGGCAAGAAAAAAAAAAAGAAAUAUGAAGCAUUUCCCACUCCUAAUACUUCACUGCAGGAGAACUGUAUGCAUUAUAAUGUAAAUCACUGUGGCCCAAGUUUGAAUGCACUUUUGUCUGUGUGUUGGAGUUUCUGCUUUGUGGAGCUGUGAUUUCAUUUUUUCCCAAUAUUUAACUGUAAAAAUAUAAAUAUAUUUAGUUCAGAUUGACAAAUUAUGAUGAAGCACACACAUGCAUUUCAAUAUAUAUUUAAAUACAUAUAAAAGUACCGGUUUAAUCAUAUUAUGUAUGUAUUAAUGUGAGAGGCCUAGGGUUUAAAAAUCAGACCUCGCAUUUGUGAUUGAAAACUGAAAGGAUGCACUGCUUUUUGCACAGUUUAGUGUCUUUAUUUUCUCAGUAAUAUUCUAGUAUCUGAAAUAUAUUAAGACAUCAAAUAUCUUUGUUUCGAUUUAUCCUUUAGUUGAUCAACUAGCCUUAUGGAAUUUACAGUUGUCUUUGAUACACUUACAUGAUAUUUUGUGUGAUGUUUGCCCUCAUUUGAUACAAAUGUAUUGACCACAUUGGUUAUAAAUGCUAAAUAAGACAUUGAAAUAGCACAUGUUAAUGCCUUUGACAUGAGCUCUAUACUUAUGUAAUAUAUAAAUAUUUAGCCAUUUAUUAUUUUGUGUAUUCUGAUUUUCAUAUUUUCAGCUGACUGUUUUUAAACCCAGACUAUCAGCAAUAUUGGAAAAUGUACAUAAAUUACAGUGCCUUAGGCUUUUAUGUGUUUAUUCUUCUGCCAAACCUUAUAUAUGUAAUGAGGACAAAUGAACACAAGGCAUACAAUACAAUUUCAAAGAAGGCCAUAACGCACUUUUUUAUUACAGGGCAGCCAUGUAGCAAUACAAAAUACCCUAGAUCUUUGAAGAUAAACUUCAAGUGAAAUUCUGUUGCAUUGAUUUGUAUGAUUGCCCAAGGAUGCAACCUUUUUUGCAUUGGCUUUUAUGAUUUCCCUAGGAUUCAGUAUUUUUUUGCAUUGAUUUGCAUGAUUUCCACAGUAUCAACAUGCCUAAUGUGACUUAGAUAGAAAACUAUGAUAAAGAUGGAAUAAAAGAAAUUGCACUAAGGGUGAUAACUGUAUUAGAAAUAGGUUUUAUUCAGUGUUAGUUUAUAUUCCAUUUUUCACCCACCCCAUUCACUGCAUCCUUUUUCAUCAUGUGAUUACUUGCACUGGAUAUAAAUUAAUGUAGAUUAACCCAGUAAGACACAAACAUGUGAAGAAAAAACCCAGAAGUAAUGCUUUUUGUUAA